AUGCCAGCUAUACUCACAAUUGCUCGUCUUUUUUUCAUAGACAAAAACGGAAGGCAGAAGGCCAUCGACGCAUUUCACGACAUCAUCGAGUUCACGACACCAAAUGAGCCUGAAGUGCUACAAUACGUGUGCGCACUACCCAUGGACGAUAGCCUGGGGACCGAAAUAUACAUGAUUGAAGAAUACACGAACCAUGAGGCUCAAGACAUGCACUUGGCCACCAAGCCUGUUCAAAAUCUUUUACAGCUCUUUAGCACGGAUGAUAUCCUCGCCCAACCACCGGAGGUUCAUAAUUGUCCUUUUGUCGCAAAGAAAACAUUUGGGUCACCCCUGCCAAUCUCGUCAACCCCAGCGAUUGUCCUGUUAAAUUAUCCUUCAAAGUCCGGUAGCGCGAUUCAAUCGGCUGGGAAAUGGGAGGAAAUUGCCGAGAUAUCGAUCAGCAAGGAUCAGGGAAUCAGCAAUUUGGCAGUAGUAGAAGACAAGGACGCGAACAGCAUACGGGUGCAGUGCGUGGCGAGAGACUGGAAUGCUUUUGCUGAUUUCCAGGCCUCGGUAUUGGAUUGCAGUGCGGGUGAUGUCGAGAUGGUGAAGAUCAAACCUAUCGAUGGCUUCCUUAGUCGUCAAGUGAUCGACGGCUGUAGCUGCAAAUGA